UUCCGCCUCCCGCUCGCAGUUCCCCGGGCAAGUCGUGGCCGGCGGGGCCAGCCCAGCGCCACCGUCGCCUUGCUGCGAGGCGCAGCGCCUGCCUUCAGGUUUGCAAAAACCGGGAUGCACGGCCAUUCCAUGGCAUUCAAAAAGCUUGCCUGAGAAGACUUUGGACAUUUAAGCUUCCUGAUAUCAAACUUUUGAAAGGAUGGGGAGCUGUGCCCUUCUACGGCAGUGCCACCCCUUGCAGAUGUAACAUGCCCUCCAUUUUGGACAGAGAUUUGCCCAGGAUGGCAGGGAACUCCCAGGCAGAUCUAGGCUUUGAAGGGAUCUUCCAGAUCUUAGCUCAGAUCCCAGCAGACAGGCUGACUCACUAUAGGCAUAAACUGAGCUGCUCGCACCAAGAUCAGAGGAGCUGUCAUCUCCUGCACAUCAUGAUCCUGUGGUGUUUGGGGAGAAAAGAUAAGGCCAGGGCGCACCUCAGCUGCUUAAGGGAUGACGUGGUUGCAAACCAUCUCUUCCAAUACUGCUGGGGCAAUGCUGGAGCAAAGACAUCGCCCCCAGGGCAACUGAAGGAACACGCGAGGGUGGCCCAGACCGUGGCUGAGAUCUACUCACUUUUGGUUGAUGAGAAGCUGUGCGAACCACUGGCCAGGGAUGAGGCCUACAGGGCAGCUAUCAAAGCCUUUCAGGCAAGCAGUAUUCAAGGAGCCCAACUCCAGAGUCUCCUGGAUGAAGCUGUGGAUAAAUGUGGGCUGCAGUUCAUCUCCACGGUGCUAAGGGAUAAUUUUGGUGCUCUGGUCUCGGGUGGAAGGGAGUUGACUCAGCCAAGAAGUAGCAGCCCAGUGCCAAUUGACAGCUCUGUCCCUCCUGAUAACCCUCAGCCGUUACGUUCUACAGGUAGCCCCGUCUCCUACCUCAGCAGCUUUGAGAUCAGCGAGACUUCAACAGAUCUUGCAACCGACAGCCCUUGCAGCAUGGACGUGCCCGUGCCUUUGCCACCAACCAACCGAGUAGAAGAAACCAGCUCUAUGUUGUUGGGCGGUGGCUGCUCCGCCAACCCAGGGGAACCUUCUCAACAAAAUUCCCGUGGCUCCUGUUUACUGCCUGGCCCCAAAAGCCCAGUGUCUCCCAAGGCAUCUUUCCAGUGCCCACCAACACCCAAAGCAGCAGCAGCAGCAGCAGCAGCAGCAGCAGCAGCAGCAGCAGCAGCAGGACAUUUGCCUCCCCGCUUCCAGGCCCCACCUCUGCAGAAGCCUGGUUUGGCAGCUUUUGCAGGUGCUUCGAGGCCUGGCGCCAAUUCCCCUGCUCCAGCACAGAUCACGCGCCUUGGGCCCCUGCUGUCUUCCUUUCCUUCAGAUCUGGCCUCUAGUACCUCAGCAGGAGAUUCUUUGGUGGCUCCAGUAGCGGAGGAACGGCAGUUCUACACUUUUGUGGUCCUGCACGCAGCAGAAGACGAGCUGGUGGCUUGCCGGGUGAAGGAACGACUGGAGGCCUUGGGUGUCUCCAACGGGGCAACCUUCGGCGAAGACUUCCUUGCCUCUGGAUGUUGCCAGCUCAACUGUUUCCAGAACGCGCUCGACAACUCUGCCUUCACUCUCCUGCUCCUGACCAAGAAUUUCAAAGGCCGCCUUUGUGCCUACCAGCGCAACACGGCCCUGAUGGAUUCCCUCACCCGCUUCUGCAAAAGCAACUCGGUGAUCCCAUUUGUGCCCGAGGAAAGCUCUCUGAAGCCGGAGGAGAUGCCCCUCCUGCUGGCCUCUCUGGUACCCUUGAAUGAGAAGUCUCCCAUUUUUGCCAAGAGGGUGAAGAAGACGUUCACGCCAAGAGUGAUCCGGGAGAAGCAAGCAACCUGGGACAUCAUGCGGCAGAUCCAGGAAAGGGAACAGAGGCAAGAACGAGAGCGGGAAGACCUGCAGAUGCAGCAGCGUCUGUCUGCGCUCAGCCUCCAUUCGCCAGCUCCAACGGUGGACGUUUCAAGAUUACAAGCCCCACCAGGCCGGGCCACUCAAGUCUUUCCUACUUCCACAACGCCCCUGAUGCAACCGGGGCCUGAUCAGGCUUCCUUCUCCCAACCCUUCAUGUUCUCGGUGGGCUCUCCAAACACAGUGCCAGGCCCCCAUCUUAUCAUUCAGAAUGCCCAGAUGGUUCAGAUUGGAGACUAUAAUUGCAUGCAAGUGGAGAAAAGCAGCACAGCUGUUGGCAUGGCCAGUGAAACAAUUGAGGGGGAACCGGUGGAGGAAAGAGGGACCAGCCCCCGAGACUGAAAACUAAGUGCCGUCUAGCAGAGCUCCAGGAAUGCACCAAGUUGGGGGAGGGACAACCUGCAGAAACAGCCUUGAAUUCCCUAAUCACAAGGGUCAGCAAUCUUGUCAGGGGAGGCGGGCCCAUUUGGUCUGUGUUUCUGGGCAAAAAUGUGGGUGCCACUGAGAACUGGGAGCUCGAAUGGGGCAGCACAGGCGAAUCUGAAGCCCAGGGGUGGCCAAACUUCAACAGUGACCGUAACCCCUUUGCAAUCCCUCCUCAAAUACUGUAGGGACUCAUAAAGAACAAAAUGCAUUUCUUUUGAGGGCACAUUCUUUUUAAUUUUGCAAUUUGGGAGACGGGAGAUUUAGGAAGGUGUUUUGGAAGGUGGGGAGGGGAGCCCCGUUGCUUUUUUGCAACCCAGCAACACUUCAGAACGGAUGAAUGUUGAAGUACAGAGAGAGCAGAAUUACUUUUCUUUAAAACUGCACCACGAUUAACUUUGUUGAAAAUUCUGGAAUGGGUACAAUUGCUUUAUGCUCGCUGCAUCUCUAGCUGCGCCCAGAACUCUAUGCAACAUCUUUGAGCCUUUAAAAAUGACUUGGUUUUGUAUUGCACACAGAGUUGUAACGUGCCUUGUUUGAUUCUGGCUUGAGAGGAUGUGGGGGUCCAGCCACUGUGAUCUUGUUUAUGCCUUGGUGUGUUGUCUGAACCCAGCCAAUUGCGGCUUAGUCUAUACACCAGGUUUAAGCCAUGGCUUAAUACAGGGUAUAGCAAUUGAGGGAGGCUCUGUUAGAUCCCAGGCAGUGUUGAUCCUAAUAGUUAAGAUCCCCAGAUCUGGGGGCUCAGGAUGGAUGUUUUCCUUGCCCCAUCGCACAGAACAGCAACUGUCUUUGUAUCUCUUAGAGC